CUAGCAGAAGGUAAUUAAAAGCAUGAGUGACUUCCUCUUUGGAGAAACCUGGAUUUGAGACCCUAUGGAAUAUUUUUGUUACUUAAAUAUUCACUCCUCCCAAGGAGACAGAAAUGACUUGCACCUGUGAUUGCAAGAUUUCUCAUCACAUUAUUCUGGAAAGCGGGAAAAGCAGCCUCAGUUCUAUGUAGUCUCACUUCUGCACCCCAGGAACAAUGCAAAAGAGGUUACAUCUCAUUUGGAAAUGGUGGCUAUUAGCUGUGCUAGAAUGGUAAAUAUUUGGGGAGAAAAGUAGGCUUUCUACUAUGUUUUUGAAUCCUUCUCAUUGCUCCUGGUGCUGCACUUCUGAAACUUUCUUUAGAAGUCUUCCAUCCAGCAAAGCCAGGCCAUGUUGCCUGUAGGACGUUCUGGGGACUGAUCCCAUCACUUUUUCUACCUGAAAAGGGUGUGAAGUACAGCAGCCUUGCAUGAACGUUGCCAGUCACUCACCAUGGUUUUCCUCUCUGGAAACUCAUCCGACUGUUCCAACUGCACCCACUCCGUGGGGCCCGUGAACAUUUCCAAGGCCAUUUUGCUGGGUGUUAUUCUAGGGGGGCUGAUCAUUUUUGGGGUUUUGGGUAACAUUCUGGUUAUCCUCUCUGUAGCCUGCCACAGGCAUCUUCAGAGUGUUACCCACUACUAUAUAAUUAACCUGGCUGUAGCCGACCUCCUCUUGACAUCCACAGUCCUGCCCUUCUCAGCUACUAUGGAGAUUUUGGGCUACUGGGCCUUUGGGAGGAUCUUCUGCAACAUCUGGGCAGCUGUUGAUGUCCUUUGCUGCACUGCUUCCAUUAUGAGCCUCUGCAUCAUCUCGAUAGACAGAUACAUCGGGGUGAGCUACCCGCUGCGAUACCCCAGCAUAGUGACGGAGAAGAGAGGCCUCCUAGCUCUGCUGUGCGUGUGGGCCCUGUCUCUGGUCAUCUCCAUCGGACCUCUUUUUGGCUGGAAGGAACCAGCACCUGAAGACGAGACCAUCUGCCAAAUCACCGAAGAGCCCGGCUACGUGCUCUUCUCCGCUCUGGGCUCCUUCUACCUCCCCCUGACCAUCAUCUUGGUCAUGUAUUGCCGAGUGUACGUCGUGGCCAAAAGGGAAAGCAAAGGGUUGCGCUCAGGGCUGAAGACAGAGAAAUCUCGUUCCGAAGCAGUGACCCUACGGAUCCACCGCAAAAACGCUCCCGAAACGAGCGGGGCCGCGGCCAACCCUAAGAGCAAGCAUCAUUUCUCGGUGCGUCUCCUCAAGUUCUCCAGGGAAAAGAAAGCAGCCAAGACCCUGGGAAUAGUUGUGGGAUGCUUUGUUCUGUGCUGGCUUCCGUUUUUUGUGGUCAUGCCUCUUGGUUCUUUCUUUCCUACAAUCAAACCCCCGGACACACUUUUUAAAAUAACAUUUUGGCUUGGAUAUUUAAACAGCUGCAUCAACCCCAUCAUCUAUCCAUGCUCCAGUCAAGAGUUUAAGAAAGCGUUCCAAAAUGUCCUGAGAGCGCAGUGCCUCCCAAGAAAGCAUGCAGCAAAGAAGCAAUCCCCAAGCUUCAACCUCAACCAUCCCAGUAGCCAAAGCAUGGGAAGUGGCAAAGGUGUGGUCCGUAUCCCCGUUGGCUCAGGAGAAACCUUCUAUAAGAUUUCCAAAUCCGAUGGGGUCUGCGAAUGGAAGAUAUUCUCUGCCGUGCAAAGUGUGCCGACAAAAAAUGCGGUUCCCAAAGACAAGUCCAGCUGUACUGCUGCCAAAGUGAAGAGCAAAGGUUUCCUCCAGGAGUGCUGCUGUGCAGGCACUUCAGGGAACACGGUCCAUGAAAACUGCAAAGUGCCAACCAUUAAAAUACACACCAUGUCCCUCAGCGAGAACGGGGAGGACGUCUAA